AUGUAAAAACUUAUAAUAUACCUAGUAUUAAUAACCUUUGUUUUUGGUCUAAAAGUCCUUAAACACGAGUGUGGCCAUGAUAAAAUAAAAGAAAUCUCAAAAUACGAAUCCAUUCCUCCAAAUUCUAUUGAAGAAUCUUCAGAUAUUCGUAAUUUAUAAAAGAAACAACCUCGUAAUAUGAUAAUUACCUAUAAUAUGGAUUUUUUCAAACCUUUAGCUGAUUCUGUUAUGGCACAUUAACUAAGUAAAAUAAUUAAUAGCUGCGAGAAAGCUUUGUAAUUGGCAAUUGAUUAUUUUUCUCGUUUAAUAAAAAUAAUCCCAAGAAAAGAAACAGAUAUGAGAUAUAAAUCAAGUAAUCCAAAAUGUGGAAUAGUUCCAGUUCCUUAAAUAGACAGAAUUUAGGGAAAAAAAUCUGAUUUACAUAUAUAUGUAUCAUAUACAGUUGAAUCAAAUAACGGUAGUAUAGCACACGCUAAUUGGUGUUAAUUUUUGAAUCGUUUAGGACCAACUCAUGGUACAGUUAACUUUAAUUUUGGUUUAUUAACUAGCAAAAAUUUGGAAGAUCCUAUUAUGUUUGAAGAUUUAAUGGAAAUAGUUAUCCAUGAAAUCACUCAUAUAUUAGGUUUUAGCAAUAGUGAUAUAUCAAGAUGGGUAAAUUCUGAUGGAAAGUCUCAUGUUUUCCCUAUUUUUGAAAAAGAUAUAAGGGGAGUUAAAAUUUAGUUGCUCAGAACUCCUAAUGUUUUGAAAUUCGCUAAAAAAUAUUACGAAUGUGAAAAAUUAUUUGGUAUGCCUCUUGAAAAUUAAGGAGGAAAAAAGUCUGCAGGAUCUCAUUGGGAAUAAACAGCUAUCGCAGACGAAUACAUGAAUGCAAGUCUAUCACUAACUUAAGCCUAUUUUAGUGGUUUUACAACCAGUCUUUUAAGAGACACAGGUUUCUAUGCUGAAAUAAAUGAAUCUAUGGAAGAAUAAAUGUUCUAUGGAAAAGGAAAAGGCUGUGAUUUCGUCGUUGGUAAAUGUGAUUAAAAAAAUAGAGAAUUUUGUAUCCCUGUGAAAGACGAUGGAUUAUGUGAUUUUUAUCACCAUGGAUCUUCUAAUUGUAAUAUUGGUUAAUAUGAUGAUCCUGAUUGUAACACUUCUAAAGUCAAUACUAAUGGAAAAUGCUGGGAUACUAGUAGUCAAUUAAAUACAUAAGAAAAUUAGAUAACAUAUGGAGUUAAAUUUGGGAUUUAAUCAAAAUGUUUUAAUGUAACUUUAUUAAAUAAAAAACAUUAACCAUCUGAUAAAUUGUAGGGUAAAUGUUAUAAAUAUAAAUGUGAAUCUAAUGAAAAAUUGGUUAUUGAAGUAGGAGAUUAAAAGGUCAUUUGUACUUAAAACUUAGCAUAAAUGAAAGUUGACGGAUUUCAUGGAUAUAUUUAGUGUCCGGAAAAUAUAAACGAAUUUUGUGGGUUUAAAAAAUUCUGUCCGAAUCAGUGCAGUGCAAAUGGAUUUUGCUUAAAAGAAUAAUGUUAUUGUGCAAAAGAUUUCUAAGGAAAUGAUUGCUCAGCUAAAAAAAAAUUGUGA